UUACCUCCUUUAUCGCGAGAGUUCGUAUGACGUCACACACGUGCACGGAUGUAAAUAUUUACAAGUACAGAACGCAACUGUCAACCGACAAAACUUGUAUAAAAUGCGUCCAAAACAGGCUAAGCCCAAGCACAUCAGGAGAAAAAACAAGUUAUAUUCACCCAGUGCCCUAACGUCUGCAUAUAAACUGGUAAAGGAAGAUGGUGUUUCAGUCAGGAAGGCGGCAGCCCUCACCAGAGUGCCUGAAUCUACUCUUAGAGAUAGAACUUUAGGGAAUGUGCAUCCAGAUACCACUUCUGCUGGAACUGCACCUCUAUUUGAUCAAUUUCAAGAAGUUAAACUUGUAAAUCACUUUAAAAAGAUGGCUGCAUUUGGAUAUGGGUACACCAGACAAGAAUGUGUGGACAUAGCAAGUGAUUUUGCUGUACAGUUGGGUAAACGGCGAAAAGAUAAACCAUUGACAAUGAAAUGGAUGCGUGGUUUUUUAAAGCGUUGGCCCGAACUGAAAGUACUUAAGCCAAAGGGUCUUGAAUUUUCUAGGGCCAAAAUGGCCUCAAAAGAAGUAGUUUUCAACUAUUUUUCUAACCUGAAAUCUACCUUGGAAAAACACAAUUUGGCUAACAAACCCCACCUGAUUUUCAAUGUCGACGAAAAGGGCAUUUCUGUGGAGCAUAAACCACCUUACAUUGUUGCUGGCUCUUCUUAUACUCCAUCAGCUGUCACUUCUGGUAAAGGAAAGACUGUCACCAUUUUGGGUUGUGGGAGUGCUGCAGGACAAGCUAUCCCUCCUUACUUGGUCUUCCCCGGACAGCGCAUGAGAGAAGAACUGUUACACGGAGCUUCUCCUGGAGCUGAUGGCACCAUCAGUGAAUCUGGGUGGUCAAACUCAUCCAUUUUCAGACACUACAUUGAAAAUCAUUUCUUGAAAUUUGCUCCUGGUCAUAAUGGACAGAAGAUUCUUCUUAUACUUGAUGGCCACAAGUCUCAUGUCAGCGUUGGUUUGUCUGAAUGGGCUCUUCAGUAUGGAAUCAUCAUCUUCAUUCUUCCUCCCCACUGCAGCCACAUUUUACAACCAAUGGAUGUUGGAUGUUUUGGACCCUUUCAAAGAAUUUAUGAUGCACAAUGCCACAAACUAAUCAGACAGUCAUCAACAAUCAUUACUCGAUACAAUAUCUGUGAAGUUGCUUGUCAGGUGUACACUAAAGCCCUCUCAUCUGAAAACAUUCAGUCAUCUUUUCGCCGCUCUGGUAUCUACCCUUUCAGUGUUGAUGCAGUUCCAAAGGAGAAGCUAUUGCCAGCUGAAGUUUUUCAGAGUGAGAGUACUGACGCAAUAAAUGAUGCUGACAGCCAAGAAACAGUGGAAGGUGGAAUUAUGGUUGAUCAGUUGAGAACUGAAGAGGACACUAUUACAGACCUAUUUGAAAAGAAAGAAAAUGAUCUGAAGAAGGUCAAAAGUGAACAUAAAAGCAAACAAAGGAAAACAAUGAGUAAAAUAGUGGCUGGAAAAGAAAUUACUGAGGAAAUAGUUGCCAAGAUGACUGAACACGAGAAGAACCAAAAGAAACCUAGCCAAAAUAAGCAUGAUAAACUGAAAAGUAUGAAAAAAGAUAAAGUAAAUGUAAUAGUUUCAGAACCAUUGUCCCCAAAACCUGGUCCUUCACAUAUCAACUUGAUUCCUGAUACUGAUACAGAUGACUCAAUGAUUGAUGAAGAUGAGUUAUGCUGCCAAUGUAAGAGAUACACUCCAGAGGAAGUUUCCAGGAGCAUCUCUAUCAUUUUUGUCAAGUGGGGACGUUGUGAUAAUGUUAUCAGGGGCAAAACAUGCAACCACUGGGUGCAUUUGUCAUACUGCACACCAGUUCGCGUUCUGAGAAGAAGUGAUUCUUUCCUUUGUCCAUGUUGUGACAAGGAAGAAUAAAAAGACACCCACAAUAAACUUGUUUAAAAACUAUGUACAUAGAUAAAACUGUUAAAGUUUACAUAUUUAGUGUUUAAAAGUUUAUUUCAUGUUCUUGAAAGAUUAAAAACUAUUUUGACAAUGGACCAUAAAAACACAUAAUUAAUUUUGAGUGCCUAAUACUAAAACUCAUCAUGAUUUACUUCCCCUGUGUGACGUCACCGGAAUUAGGAUCAUAACAAAAUGGCGGAAGUUUUUGACAGUUCAAUUUGUUAUUAACUUGUAACAUUCAUGCUACAAUCGCAAAUUUGAGGAAAAUUGAUGCAAAAUAUUGGAAAAAGAUUUAUUUAUUCAGGUAGGUGAGCAUUAUUUGUUUACUGUAUAUAUUUUCUGCAUUUCUUUACCAUUAUUUCUUAUCCCCACGGAAUUAGGACCCUCGAG